AUGCAAACGGGCAUCGUGAAGAAAAGUGCGCGGGUAACCGUUGCAUUGAGCGAUGGAGACUUCGCGCCGAAGCGAAAGAAGAUGCGGACGGCUGCGCACAAGGGCUUGGAGGAUGUUCUGCUCGCAUGGAUCCAACGUGCUCGUAGCGUGAAUCUGCCAGUGAACGGCGUAGUUCUGAAGGCAAAAGCGGAGGAAAUUGCCCUACGAAUGAACAUUGAGUUUGCCUACAGCGACGGAUGGCUCGAUCGCUUCAGAAAAAGACACGGACUUGUGUUCCGAGCUAUUGCCGGUGAGGCCGCCGCCGUUGAUGAAGUGACCUGCAACGAUUGGAGGCUCACCAACCUGAAGGAGAUUCUUCAGGAUUAUGACCCCGGCGACGUCUACAACGUCGACGAGACAGCCCUCUAUUACCAGCUGCUUCCACAGAAGACGCUCGCUUUCACUUGCGACGACUGCACAGGGGAAAAGCACAGCAAGGUGAGGGUUACCGUACUCGUUGGGGCAAGCAUGUCAGGAAGCGACAAGCCGAAACUGUCGGUCAUCAGCAAAUCAAGAUCGCCGCGCUGCUCCAAGCACACCAAAACGCUGCCGGUGACCUACACGGCCAACUCAAAAUCCUGGAUGACUCAGUAG